GGUUUUCUAUGCAUGAACGAUGACUUUCUCUAUUUGUCUGUUGUGUUAAAGCUUGUUAAAAAUAUAUUAUGGUGAGACAGUAAUAGUGAAAUCCAAACCUUCACGAAGAAAUCAGUAGAAUUAACACGAAUCGCAUUUUUAUUGAAUGAUUACAUCUUUUUAUUGACCACCUACAAACAACAAGCACACAUUAUGGAUCACGUUGUCCAGAACGAAACGGCAGGCUGGACGGAACGGACCUGCUAUGAUGAAGUCGGGUCAUAUAUAACAUUUUGGAGGCAGAAUAUACCUAAUUAAUUCCUAUGAAUAAUGAAUAAUUCCAGACUACAGAACCGGAAUAUUCAACAUUGCAAUCACGAGACUUCUGGACGAACAUUUAUAUAUAAAGAGUUGCAACUGAAUGGUUGAUAAUGUGGACCAGAUAAUUUCCUUCAGUUCCGCACAAGAAAUGCCUUUGUGACUCAGUCAUGUUUGAUCACUGUCAGGAUGUGGGCAGAUAUUCCAAAUUACAUACGCUUACAUGACUGAGAAGCUGUAGCACAAGAAUUGUUGUAAGCCAUUUUGUUACACAGCGUACACAUGAUCAUGUGUGAUGAUCAAAGGGCCGUGAAGUCUCUGGCAACAAGACUACUGGAAGAUACAGUGCACAGAGCUGAGGAACUAUUUCCUGCUCUGGGUGGAAGCUUGCAUAACAUCGAUGUAAUCAAAGUGGAAACAAAUGUGGAUAUUCAAAGUGAUGAAGAAGAUCCUGUUGGCAUGGAAAUUGAAGAGGUUCACAUACCAUCAGCAUUUUCAGUGAAAGAGGAUGAACCCAAGCAGAGCAUUGAUAUGAUCAAAUUAGAAACUGAUGUGGAUAUUCAAAGUGAAGAAGAUCCUACUGACAUGCUCACUGAAGAGGUUCACAUACCAUCACCAUUUUCUGUCAAAGCUGAAGAACUGAAGUGCUGCACAGAUAUACUAAAAGUUGAACUUCGUUCAUGUAAUGAGGCCUGUCUAACAUCUUGUCAUGAUGGAAAUGAAGUCAUCAGCAUCAAAGUUGAGGAGGGUAUAGACAUAAAAGAGGAAGAGGAUCCCCUGUUAAUAACAUUUCCAGGAAUAAAGACUGAACAUGAGGUUACCCUGAAUGAACAUCAACCCGUGUGUGGUGAGGUGCAUCCAUAUUACUGUGAUGUGUGCCAUAAUUCAUUUACUCUUCAAGGUACAUUUAAGAGUCAUGUGUGCUUAUCUGGUGUGAAUUGUUCAUAUACCUGUGAUAUGUGUAAUGAAUCAUUCAGUGAACAUAGUAGUCUGAAUGAACAUCAACGCAAACAUACUGUGGUGCAUCUGUAUUCCUGUGAUGUGUGUGAUAAAUCAUUCAGCCAGAAGGGGUCUCUGAAUGCACAUCAGCGCAUUCAUACUGGUGAGCGCCCAUAUUCGUGUAGUGUGUGUGAUAAAUCAUUCAGCAAACAUGGUACACUGAAAAUACACGAACGCAUACAUAGUGGGGAACGCCCAUAUUCUUGUGAUACGUGUGACAAAACAUUCAGUGAACGUGGUACUCUAAGGAUACAUCAGCGCACACACAGUGGUGAGCGCCCAUAUUCCUGUGAUUUGUGUAGCAAAUCAUUUAAGUUUAUGACCAAUUUGAAACGACAUCAAUACAUCCAUAGUGGAGCUCGGCCUUAUUCUUGUAAUGUGUGUAAUAAAUCAUUCAGAGAACAGAGUACAUUGAACAGACAUCAACGAAUUCAUAGUGGGGAGCGCCCAUAUUCCUGUGGAAUAUGUAAUAAAGCGUUUACUCAACAGAGCACUCUCAAGAAACAUCAACAUAUUCAUAGUGGGGAGCUACUGUAUUCAUGUGAUAUAUGUAAUAAGUCAUUUGGUGAUCAGAGUACUUUGAAGAAACAUGAACGUGUCCAUAGUGGGGAGCGGCCAUAUUCUUGUGCCGUGUGUAAGAAAUCAUUCAGUCAAAGGUGCACUCUAAAGAGACAUGAACGCAUACAUAGUGGGGAGCGCCCAUAUUCCUGUGGAAUAUGUAGUAAAGCAUUUACUCAACAGGGCACUCUCAAGGAACAUCAACAUAUUCAUAGUGGGGAGCUUCCGUAUUCCUGUGAUAUAUGUAAUAAGUCAUUUGGUGAUCAGAGUACUUUGAAGAAACAUGAACGUGUCCAUAGUGGGGAGCGGCCAUAUUCUUGUGGCAUGUGUAAGAAAUCAUUCAGUCAAAAGUGCAGUCUAAAGAGACAUGAACGCAUGCAUAGUGGGGAGUGCUCAUACUCCUGUGAGAACUGCAAUGAGUGAAGAAACAGCAAAAUGUUUGUAAUGGGGAGUAUCCAUAUAUUUGUGAUGAAUUUAUCGCUUAACUCCCAGGGUAUGUAAAUGCUCAAAGAGUGUAGCUGGCUGGAAUUUAAAUAUCCCUUCUGUAGAGCAUUUAAAUAGUCUGAAUCAUGCUACUGAAAAUUCUGUAACUAAUACAAUUUUUAUGAUAAAA